AUGGAAGCAAUUAUCUAUUCGCCUCAGCUGCUUGCUCCUCUCCAGCUUAAGCCCGGCGCCAGAUACUGGACAGCCAUUGAGCAGCUGUGCGCGAGACCUUGGUGGUUUCGACUUUGGAUCCUUCAGGAAUCUACUGUCACUGCUCCGCGGUAUCUGUACUGGGGUACUUUCAGUAUUGAGUUUGAUGUACUUGCCUUCGCCCUGGAAGUUGCAAAACUUGUGUACGACGACCCCAGAGUUAACGCUCCGUUCAACAUACAGCUACUCACCACGCAACGUCGAGAAGGCUCUCGCACUACAUUGCUGGAAGUUCUAGAGAAGGUGCGUCCAUGGACUUGUACGGAUCCACGCGACAAAGUCUACGCCGGGCUAGGCCUUGUUGCCGGCGACACUAGUCAACACAUUAUCCCGGAUUACACCAGGCCUGCCGAAGAUGUGUACAUAGAUGUGGUGAAGACAGUUCUCAACAGAUAUCUAGAGGGCCACAGACUUGACUUUCUCGCGCAUGCGGUACACCUGCAAUGGCCUCACAACAAGCUCAAGAAGCUCACAGGCUCAGUAUCGGUAAAGCGAUUGAGUAUCCCUUCAUGGCUACCUGACUGGAACAGGGUCGUCAUUUGUUACGCAUUACCCAAGGUUUCUAGCUCCAAUGGACUUGUACCAGGCACUAAACUAUACAACGCAGCUGGCACAUAUCCCACGCAGGCUUCUCUUGUUGGAAACCAGCUGCGUGUUCUCGGACUGUCCGUUGGUGUCGUCUCCCAGAUCUCCUCUUCGUGUUAUCAGCACCCGUUCCCACCCGCAGAAGCAUUGGCGUUUCUGAAGACGUGGGUGCCCAAGGAUUCGGCACAAAACUAUACAGCAGGAGGCACAAUCCAACAAGCUUUCCUCUCGACUAUCGUGGCCGACGUGAGACGCACAAGGGAGUGUUCCUUGUCGUGGCUAUGCUUUUGA